CAAAAAUAAACAGAUUGUUUGAUAUUGUGUGUAUGUGUGGAAUAUUUGUAAAGCCACGUUAAGAUUCUAUGGAUUUUCUAGGAUAACCUGCCAAGGUGUUAGAAGAGGUAGUUCCUAGUGCCACCACACCGAUUCUUGAUGAGAAAUCAAAGUCUGUGCACUUUUUUCUACAAGAAACAAAGCAGGAGCGAUCCCAGGCUGAGACUGAGGACUCGGUCUAAAAUUUGGAGCAAGCUCGAUUACAAAUUGCACAUUAUCUGAAGUGGUAAAAUCUUUACCAAAUAUGAGCAGCACCAAUCAAAAUCGUGUUGCCCCGCUGGUGACCAUAUCUCAAGUGGCACCAAGCAUGGAGUCCUUGGAAGAUGAAGAAGAGCACAAGCUCCACAUCGACAGGCGGUUUCAGAGGAAGGAGUCGAUUAUUUCCUCCGAAAUCAGUCUCUAUGUGGCCGAGAUGAAACCCCGGAUUCCCGACGGGGGCUGGGGUUGGCUAGUGGUACUGGCCUGUUUCUAUAUCAAUAUGAUAUCCGACGGAGUGGGGUUCACUUUCGGGUUGCUGUUCAUAGAAUUCUUGCACGAAUUCAAAGCCUCCAAAUCGGCCACUUCUUGGAUAGGGAGCCUUUUCAUGGCCAUUCCCCUGAUUGCAGGUCCAAUCGGAAGUGCCCUAGUGGACAAAUACGGGUGCCAGUCGAUGACGGUGGUCGGAGGCCUGAUCUGCACCGUGGGGUUCGUCCUCAGCUCCUACGCCAAGUCAAUAGGUGUCAUGUACAUAACAUUUGGGAUCAUAGGAGGUCUCGGUUUAGGGCUUUGUUUCGUUACCGCCGUCGUUUCGAUCGCAUUUUGGUUCGAGAAACGAAGAACCGUGGCCUUAGGUUUGGCGGCUAGUGGCACCGGUUUCGGGACCGUGGUUUUCUCGCCUCUCUCUACUUGUUUGCUCUUCGAGUUUGGAUGGAGAGGCACGCUGUUGAUCGUGGCGGGACUUUUCGCUAAUAUGUGCGUAUGCGGAAUGCUGAUGAGGGAUCCGGAUUGGAUAAAUGAAACAGAAGACAAGAAAGCAAAAAAAUUAAACAAAACCCCAUCAUGCGCUUCAUCACGAAAAAGUUCUAUCAGCAUCCAAGACCUCAAAGAGACAUUAAAAAAUGGAGGUGACACGCAAUACUUGCUCCAAAAUGUGGACACAUGUCCUGACCUAUCCCAAAAGGAAAGAUUUUUCUCAGCUAUAGAUUUACCUACCUUUCUAAAGCAAAAUGAAACGGUGCCCUUAGAAGUAUUGAAACAAGUAAGCGAGAACAAGCAGUUGUACAAUAUUAUAUUAGAAAACUAUCCCAAUCUUCUGAACUGCAAAAGCAUCUCAGAUAAAGGUCUACCAGCUCUAACAAACGAUGCUUCUGCUGUACAAACUCGAGUACCUCUGAGAUUCUCAAUGAAACUAAAAAAGACUGAUGAACUCCAAAAAAAUGGUGAUCCUGUAGAUCUUAAGAAAACCGACCAAAAAAAAUAUCUCGAAGUUAGUAACAAAGUUCCCCUAUUAAGGAGUUUUUCCACCAAGUCAGCAAAAAACCAACAGCAAGCACCUCAUCACAGUUAUUUGAAAAAUAUUCGAUUUAGGAGAAAUUCUAUGGGAUACAGAGGCGCCAUGUUAAAUAUCCAUAAAUAUAAACUGAAAGCCUCUAGCUGCCCUAAUGUUUACAGAAACUCUUACACGACACUGGCUUUCGAAAAGGAAGACAAAUGGUAUGAUGAAUUUUUGGAAAUCGUCAAAGAUCUGAGUAAUGUCUCCUUAUUCUUGGAAUUGCAUUUUCUUCUGCUCUCUAUAUCCACAAUCAUUUUAUUUAUAUGGUUCAUCGUGCCUUACUUUUACCUAGCUGAUCACAUGCAGAGAAUAGGAUAUACAGAGACAGAGGCAUCUUUCAUUAUUUCCGUUAUUGGAUUCACAAAUACUAUUGGAAUGAUUCUAUUAGGAUGGGCUGGUGAUAGGCUAAACGUAGCCAAAACCUAUGCCACUUGUUUAAUUCUCUGUGGAUUGAGUGUUGCAUCGAUGAUGUUGUUCAGUUCGAAUUACGUAAUGUUAAUAAUAAACGGAAGCCUAUUCGGUGUCUUCUUUGCCAGCUGUCUAUCUUUGACGCCAUCUCUUUUAGCACAGUUGGUGCCCCUGGAUGAAUUCACGAUGGCAUACGGCUUAUUCUUAUUGUGUCAAGGCAUUGGUAACUUAACAGGCCCACCAUUGGCUGGUUUUCUCUUUGAUGUAACACAGUCUUGGGAGCAAUCCUUUUACCAGGCAGGAUUCUGGAUAAUAAUAUCCGGAUUGUUAAUAGCUGUGAUCCCCUUUACAGAAAAUAGAAGGUUAUGGGGUUCCAGUCCAUUGAGAAGUAGUAGAAGUCAUAGAGAAAUUGAAACAAGCCCCGCAUAAUUCAUGCCAAAUAUUUACUUAACAGUAUUUAUAAGUAUUCUAUUAAUAAAAACAUGUCUAAUUUUAUAAAAAUGUUCUUUUGUAA